GAGACUCAUGAUAUCUGUUAUUUAUAUAUAUUUACAUCUUUGAUAGAGAGAUUUAACAACCACAUGUUUCUUUAAAAUACACAAAAGCCCAUUUCUUUACUCCUAUUUCGCAAGUCUUUACUUCCUGAUUGACCUGAUGUGGUUACUAGUCUACCAUGGAGCCCCCUGGAAGCCCAGACCCGGAUAAGGAUGACCUUCCUCUUUGGGCAAACACAAACCACAUGCUAGUCAAGCAUUACGUGUUGGACCUGACAGUUCACCUCCACAGCAGACUCAUCAACGGUAGCAUCGUCUUGUUCCUGGAGCCUCAGCCUGAAGCGGAUGAGGCUGAACGCCGUCAGGAUGGAGCCACAUUUCAGAAGGCAGAUACGACGAAGGAAACGUGGCUGGAGUUUGGUGCAAAAGAAGAAGACAAGGAGAAGAUAUGUGACUCUGUAGAUGUUCAGUCUUCCCAUUUAUGGGAAACUACCAGCAGUAGUGACUUUACUUUAGUGUUGGACUGCUGUGACCUCGACGUGUCAAAGGUGGAGGAGGUGGACAUCACCUCCAUACCAGGCAUCAUGGACCUCCUACCAGAGAGUGCAUCUGUAAGAUCAGACAUCCUGUCAGGAAAUCCACAGUCAGCCUUCAUGGAGAACCUGUUGUCCAUGCCCUCCUCCCAGUGGCAGACGAAGCACAGAAUCUUCUCGCUGUGUAGCCGUGCACCUUGUGCUGAAAACGGCGGCUCAAUGCCUUUUCGGAGGGACCUCUGGAGUCUGCAAGUAAGAAAGAGGAGAGUCACUUCAGCACAGCAGUUUCCUCGCGUUAUUAGAAUUCACUACCAGACGAAGGCGUGUGGACGCUCUUUGAGAUGGACCAAGGACCAGGACAACAGGUUGUGCGUUUACACGGCCGGCUCUCCCAUCAACAAUAGAGCCCUCUUCCCUUGCCAGGAGCCACCUGUUGCCAUGUCAACGUGGCAAGCAGCAGUACGGGCCCCCAGUGAGUGUGUGGUUCUGAUGAGUGGGGAGGAGCAGGCUGUUCCUACAAAGGAUGGAGACACACAUUUUUUGGUCUGGAAUUACUAUGUCACCAUGCCCAUGCCUGCGUCCACUUUCACGCUGGCAGUGGGCCACUGGCACCGAGUCCCAACAGAAACUUUUCCUGCUUCGGAAACUGAGGUUGGGAAAAUUUUGGACUGCCGCAAUAUGGCCAAACCCAGGCCAGAGCGAGGGGAAAGCUCUGAAAGCCGACUUGUGUCUCGGCUUGGAAAGUCUUCUCAUAAAACAGUGAAGGACUUUCCUCUCCAGACCGGCAGUGGUGAGGAGAACACCCAUUCAAGCUCUGCAUUCUGCCACUCUUCCUUGGAGGAUGAAGAGCUCUCUGUAACUGAUUAUUCAGCCAUGCUGAAUGACGGCACCUCUUGUUCCCAUAGCGACUACCCUUGCCGGUUUACUGAGUUGACGGCUUGGUCCCAGCGGGUGAUUCCACACCGCGUGUUUAGCCCUGUCUGCCUGCUGCAGAAGGCCCAGAUGAGCGUCCUCAAACUGCUUCCUCGCUGUUUGGCUGCAGCUCACGCUGUUCUUGGUGUGCACCCUUUUCCCCGUCUUGAUGUUCUCAUCGUUCCUGCUGGGUUUUCCAGUCUUGGCAUGGCCAGCCCCCACAUAGUGUUCCUGUCCCAGAGUGUGUUGGACACAGGAAGUCCUGCUUCUGGAGGGGGCAGUCUAUCCCUGUGCGGGUCUAGGAUUUGUCAUGAGAUUGCUCAUUCCUGGUUUGGCCUGGUUAUUGGAGCCAGGGACUGGACUGAGGAGUGGAUCAGUGAAGGCUUUGCUACCUGCCUGGAAGAUACCAUUUGGGCCCAAGCACAACAACUUUCUUCACAGGAGAGAUCAGAGCAGUUUGACCUGAAGGCACUGCUGAGGUGGAGACGACUUUCUGAUGAGAUGCAAAACUCAAAGGAGGAACUUCAGAUUCUCAGGCCGAACAUGGAAAAGACUGGACAGGUCAGUGAAUCUGGUUCCUCCACCGUCAAACAUGCCCUCAAUCCUGAGAAAACCUUCAUGCAAGUUCACUAUCUAAAAGGCUACUUCCUCCUCAGGUUCUUGGCCAGUGAAGUGGGUGAAGAAGAGUUUAUUAAUUUCCUCAGAAUGUUUGUGAGGAAAUAUCAUGGACAUCUUAUUUUGUCUCAGGAUUUCCUCCAAAUGUUUCUGACGACUUUUUCACACAUGAACAGAAAAAGCCUCACCCUCUGUGAUAUUUACUCUGACUGGCUUGAUCGACCAGGAAUUCCAGAGUGGCUGCGUGAAAGGAGCGCCGUGUGGCCACAGACCAGACUGGUGGAAGAAGUCAAAGAGGAGGUUAUAAAAUGGAUUCUGUUCAGUCGGACUCACCACGGAAAGGGCAGGAAGCGGAAACGACUAAAACCCAAGACAAACUUCAAAGAGCUGACGGCGGAGCAGCUCGUGCUGCUUUUGGAACUUCUGUUGGAGGAACCGCAGCAGAGUGUGGCAUCCAUGCACGCCCUGCACAAGAUCUACAAUCUGCACGGACAAGACGCUGAGGUCCGACAUCGCUGGUGUGAGCUGGUGGUCAAACAUGCUUUCACUCAGGGUUACGCAGACGUUGAACGUUUUUUAGUUCACAAUCAGGCCAUGGGUGUGUAUCUGUACGGGGAGCUGAUGCUGCAGGAGGACCCCGAUCAGCAGGCUCUGGCUCGCCGCUGCCUCUCAGCAGUCGAGGAGGAAAUGGACCCGUCAGCCCGCAGAGUGGUGGAGGAGAUGAUCCUGUGACUCUGGAGGUUGCAGAGACUUCAGGAUCCAGAGCUCACCUGUUCCUCUGGGACACUGCAGUCCAAGCACUAGCCAUCCCAACUGUCCAAAAAAGGAUACCAUCAGCUGUUACAUCUUUACACUGGAAAUGUUUUAGGAAUAAAAAGAGAUUUUUUUUUUUUUGGUACACCAAGAGUCUGCUUUGAGCUGCUGUGUUUGUGUGAGUCCAUGUCUGUUUAGUCUUAAGUCAUCUUCGAGGGGGUAUUCCAGAAAGCAUGUUUAAACUACCCAGACUUUAACCCUGAACUCUGGCUGAAAUCCACAUGAACUUGCUAACUCUGGGUAUGUGUGUUCCAAAAGACCGGACAUGAGUUAGCGUAAUUAUGCUCAACUUGGUAACCCUGGGUGAAUGCACAUGCACAGCAAGUACACAAAGACAUCCUCAAUCGUUCUCCGGAAUCACCAUGGAAAACGCGUGGAAAGAAAAAUAGAGUGCUAUACUCCAAUGAGACGGAGUCUGAUAUUUUAAUGACGGCGUAUGAAGAUUAUACCCCCA